AUGCGUUUUAGCAUCAAUGUGGUUCCAACAAUAAUGACCACAAUUCUUCGGCAUGUGCUCAAUUUAAAUUCAACCGUAAAGAAAGCAUGUGAUAACUACAUUGAUGAUAUAUUUGUGGACGAAAGUGUUGAAACUGCGAAAAAUGUAGCAAAGCAUCUGCUUAAAUUCGGAUUACAAUGUAAACCUCCACAAGAUCUUGAACAAGGACGUGUCUUAGGAUUGAGAGUCGAAAGAAAUAAAAACAGGGAACUGAUAUGGAAACGAGACAAUGUGGUACAAUUCGAAUCUUUAAAUGCAGUCACACGAUCACAGCUUUUCAGCCAGUUAGGCAAACUUAUUGGAAAUUACCCAGUGGCAGGAAGUUUGCGUUUACAAGCUUCAUACAUCAAACGUUUAGCUGGAAAUAUACCUUGGUGUGAUUUUAUUUCUGAAGAUUGUAAAGAAAAACUGAAAGAGUUGCUUUACCGUGUGGAAAAAGAGGAUCCGGUUGGUGGAAAAUGGCUGGUACCAGUUAAUGGAAAAGCUGAGCUUUAUUGUGAUGCAUCAUCUGUAGGACUUAGGGUAGUUCUGCUCAUUGGUGGAGUAGUUGUUGAAGACGCAGCAUGGCUACGGCCAGCGAGUGACACACACCAUAUCAAUAUAAGUGAACUGGAUUCUAUACUUCGAGGACUAAACUUAGCUAGAUGGUUAAACGCAGUUUUGAAGGAAGAAUAUCGCGUGAAAACUCGGGGAAUUUCUCAAUUGUUAGUACAAAGACGAUUGAAUACUAUUAAGGAAGUGGCAAAAGAUAUUCAGAUCGCAGUACAAUGGAUUCCAUCUGAGAUAAAUUUGGCUGAUCGACUCUCACGAAUCCCUCAAAAAUGGUGCAGAACAGUGUGUGCAGCUGGAUUACUUGAACAAAAAGACAUAUGGAAAAUUCAUUCAAUUGGUCAUUUUGGUGUUGCUCGAACAUUACAACUUUUCUUGCGAAAUAAUAAGAAUGUAUCACGUAAGGAGGUUUCAGCAGUAAUUGCGAAUUGUAACCAGUGUAACUCCAUUGAUCCUUACUCCGUAAAGUGGAGGAAUGGCCAACUAAGCGUAGAAAAAAAUUGGAAUUGGGUUGCCAUUGACGUGACGCAUGUAGAUGCUGAACUGUACUUAUCAAUUAUUGACUGUGGUCCAUCACGGUAUACAAUAUGGCGUAAACUUGCAACUAAAGCAGCUGCUGAAGUUGUUGGUAGACUCGAAGAAAUAUUCUCUUUAGUUGGUCCGCCAGUAUGUCUUCUAAUAGACAACGAAUUUCGGUCCAACACGUUAACAAGUUUUGCUGAAGAAUGGCAUGUUAAUUUGGAAUAUCGAGCAGCACAUCGAGCUCAAGGUAAUGGUAUAGUUGAACGUAUACACAGAACGAUAAAAAGAACGGUCGUUCGCUCACAUUGUUCAAUCGCUCUGGCAGUCUUGCUGUACAACGAGACAAUAUCAUCAAAUUGUACUGAAAGUCCAUCCCAGCAAUUCAAGAAAAGAUCGACAUGUUUCAUCCCAGGCGUCGAUACUCGGAGGAAGGUAGACGAGAAAAGCGUAAGCGAGAAAUUCAAAGUGGGUGACAAUGUUUGGGUAAAACCAACUCAAGAAACAAAAUGUGACCAGCCGUGGAUACCAGGCGUAGUACGAAAGCAAAAUACUUUGUCGUUUGACGUGGAAACUGCGAAUCGGGUAUAUCCGCGUCACAUUUCACACCUGCGUCGCCGUACAGACGUACAGAGUUCAAAUGAAUCAGUCAACGAUGUUUUUUAUAGACUAAACGAUAAAACUGAUAACGUUAAAGGAAGUUAUGAUGAUGAUGUCGCUCAAGUUCAAAAUGAUUCUCAAGAACUCAACGCGCUGCAAAAUUUACUAGCUCCUUGUAGUGUUACCAAUGAUGGUAUUCCUGCUAAUAUACCAGUUAAUCCUGCAGCUAAAUCUAAAGCUCCUAAUCCUUUACCACGUAUUCGUCUUUUUAAACGUCUUUUAUGA